AUGUCAAUACUUCGAAUUCCUAAAAGUAUUAGCGUUAGGCCUUUUAAUAGACAAUAUUCUCUUUUGAGAAGACUUUUGGCUUUAGAUGAUAACACUGCUGAUACUGCGAGAGAAGUUUAUCCUUGGGAUGAAUCACCAUAUGAAGAUUUAAGAACAAGAGCUGCGAUAAUUAGAACUCAAGCAUUAUGUCCAGUUACUUCCAAAUCAGUUAAUUUUGUCUGUCCAAUUUCAGGAAUUCCAACUCAUCAUUCUAAAGAAGCUUGGGAACAAGACAAAGAAUAUCAUGAAAAGAAAAAGUAUGAAUUAUUAAAAAAAGUUAAUUUAUAUGAACACGAUUUAAGAUCAGGUAGAGAAUUUGAUGAAUUUAUCUUCCCUGGUGAACAAGAACAUGAUUUUUCUACCAGUUUAUCUAAUUGGGAUCAAUUUUUUUAUACCAGAGAUUUCAAUCCUAUGAAUACUGAAUAUAAUUUAGCUGCUGCUACUAAAGUUUUAACUUAUCCAAUUACCAUUGCUUCCACUAUACAUAAAUUAUCACCAUAUUCAAUAGAACCAAAAGGUCCUUUAACCCUCGAAGGUUUAAAAUCUAUUAGUGCUUUACAAUAUACUUUAUAUCCUUCACAUCAAAAGAAACAAGGUGAAUUCAAAGAAAGACCUAUGAGAAUAUUCAUUGUUGGAGCUAAAAUGGAAAGUAUGUUACCUGGAUACGUUUGGAAACAAUUUGGCUAUUUAUUCCCUGACACCAAGUUUGAAUUCCAUUUCAUUGGACCUGAAUGUUAUUUUGAUAAAGAUACUAAUAGUUUUGCCCGUUCUAAUGAAAAUGGUAGAGCUAUAGUUGAAAGAUAUGAUGAGCAAAUAACUUUACAUUACCAUACUUUAUAUUUCCAUGAAUUAUAUAAUUUUGGAGAUUUAUUCCCCUUUGAUCCUUACUUAGAUGUAUUUUAUUUAUUCCAUCCAGGUUUCCAAACCGCUGAUAAACCUAAUUGGGAUAAAUCAUUAAAAGGUUUAUUAGAAUCCAAAUGUCCCGUUUAUGUCACAGGUUAUCAUGAUUUAGAUAUCAGAAGAGAAUUAUCUUGGUUAUUAACUCAUGAUUUAAGUGAUGAAAUGGAUAUUUUAAUGAAUCCUACCACCAAUAUUUUUGGUUCAACUAAAAUUGAUUUAGUUGAUUUUAACCCCACUGAAACUUUCCAAGCUAAUAAUGAAAUUUUGGCUUUCAGAGGUAAAAGAUACCAUGCUAUCAGAACUUAA